AUGACGCAGGAUCACCCGGACAUCAACGGCAUCCCGAAUUUUUUGCAGUCAAGCAGCACUGAUCUCGGCGGUGCCCUCGGACAUGACAUGUUGGACCACUUGAACGAGAAGCUUCGCGCCUUGCGAAACAACACCAAGCGGCGACACCUCGACGGGAGAGCCGAGAGCGCAUCAAACCCGCCGCGCAUACGCCUGUACUACAAUGACGAAGGCAUUCGAUCGAUUCUGCGCCAAUGCUCACCGACUCUUGAUAGCCGCGCUCGAAGACCCGCACGCCAACUCCAACGAUGCCCAGAUCGCUGUCAAGGUACUGCGCUACCGCAAGGUCGCUUGGAUAAUAUUGAUCCUCGAGGCCCGAUGUUCGACGUCUCCACGUUCUUCGGUAUCGAGUGGUGCAAAAGUGGGCUAUAA